GAACAUCGUGAUCAAUUAGCCACUGCCAAAGAUCCAUGCGGGCCAAAGCAUUCUGAUUACCGUUUGAACAGAAAACUGGUGCAGUUUUUGAUGAAAUUGUAGAGAACUCCUAUUUAAACAAAUCCUGGCCCUGGCUCCCUAAUGGGUUGAUACCUGCAAUUUGAAAGAAGAGUGGAUUGUUGUAUUCUAGUUAUUAUCCCAUUUCCAUGAAAAGUUUCCUGCUGGUUACUGGCCUAUUAAUAGCUAAGGUGGUGGUAUCAUGGAUACAGAAAUGUCUGAAGAUAUAGACCACAACUUAACUCCUACCCUUGACAGCUUGCCUUAUGGAAUGCCGAAUCAAACAGGAUCUGAAAAUUCAUUGCUGGAUGAAGAUGAUUAUUUUUUGAACUCUGGGGAUCUUGCAGGAAUUCCAGUCGUUGGUAGUGACAAUGAGGAUGAACAGGAUUUUAGUUCAAAGGACAAUCUUGUUUCUUCAGUUCAUACUGAUGAUAGCUUGGAAGUAGAGAGAAGAGUCACACAGCAUGAAUCAGACCAUGAAAAUGAAAUACAGAUUCAAAAUAAAUUUAAAAAAGACUUUCCUAAACAGUUCGAUCAGGUUUCUGUCUUUAAAUCAAUACGGAAAGAUUUUAGUCUAGUAAGAGAAAACAGCAAAGAGACAUUUUCUGGAAAGGAGAAAAAUAGAGACCUAACUUAUGAACGUGAAAAACAGUUGGACAAAUCCCAUAAAGAGUUGGAUUCAAGGUUGAAAAGCAGUUUUUUUGAUAAAGCAGCUAAUCAAGUUGAAGAAACAUUACAUACUCAUUUACCACAAACCCCAGAAACAAACUUUAGGGAUUCCAGCUAUCCAUUUGCCAAUAAAGAAUCCAUUGGUUCGGAACUGGGGAAUUCCUUUGCAUCAAAUAUUAGAAUUAAAGAAGAACCUUUGGAUGAUGAGUAUGACAAAGCAAUGGCACCACAGCAGGGACUACUAGACAAAAUUAAAGAUGAACCUGACAAUGCUCAAGAGUUUAGUCAUGGCCAACAGCAAAAAACUCAAGAGGGGGAACUGAAAAUUAGUGCUGUGUUUUCAGUCAGUGGCAGUCCUCUUGCUCCACAGUUGACUACUGGCUUUCAGCCUCCUCUGGCGUCAUCUGGCAUGAAUAAAAUGCUUCCUUCAGUUCCAGCCACAGCUAUUCGAGUUUCCUGUUCUGGUUGUAAAAAAAUCCUCCAGAAGGGGCAAACUGCUUAUCAGAGAAAAGGGUCUACACAGCUUUUCUGCUCUACACUGUGCCUCACUGGAUAUACAGUUCCACCUGCCCGCCUGCCACCUCCUCCCACCAAGAAAACUUGUUCAAGUUGUUCUAAAGACAUUUUAAAUCCAAAGGAUGUGAUCAGUGCCCAGUUUGAAAAUACCAACAUCAGUAAAGAUUUUUGCAGCCAGUCAUGUUUGUCAACAUAUGAACUGAAAAGGAAACCUGUUGUUACCAUAAAUACGAAUAGCAUUUCAACCAAAUGCAGCAUGUGUCAGAAGAAUGCUGUUAUUCGACAUGAAGUUAAUUACCAAAAUGUGGUACAUAAACUUUGCAGUGAUGCCUGCUUCUCUAAGUUUCGCUCUGCUAACAACCUCACUAUGAACUGUUGUGAGAACUGUGGGGGUUACUGUUACAGUGGCUCUGGACAGUGCCACAUGCUUCAGAUAGAGGGACAGUCUAAGAAGUUUUGUAGCUCAUCGUGUGUCACAGCAUAUAAGCAGAAAUCAGCCAAAAUUACACCAUGUGCACUUUGCAAAUCAUUGAGAUCCUCAGCAGAAAUGAUUGAAAAUACCAAUAGCUUGGGAAAGACAGAGCUUUUCUGUUCUGUUAAUUGCUUAUCUGCUUACAGAGUUAAAAUGGUUACUUCUGCAGGUGUACAAGUUCAGUGUAACAGUUGUAAAACUUCAGCAAUCCCUCAGUAUCACCUAGCCAUGUCAGAUGGAAGUAUACGCAACUUCUGCAGCUACAGUUGUGUGGUAGCUUUCCAGAAUUUGUUUAACAAACCAACGGGAAUGAAUUCUUCAGUAGUGCCCUUGUCUCAGGGCCAAGUAAUUGUAAGCAUCCCCAGAGGUUCAACAGUGUCAGCAGGAGGAGGUAACACCUCUGCUGUUUCUCCCACCUCCAUCAAUAGCUCUGCUGCAGCUGGUCUCCAGCGUCUUGCUGCCCAGUCUCAACACGUUGGGUUUGCACGAAGUGUUGUAAAACUUAAGUGUCAGCACUGUAACCGUCUUUUUGGCACAAAACCGGAACUUCUUGACUAUAAGGGUAAAAUGUUUCAGUUUUGUGGCAAGAAUUGUUCUGAUGAAUAUAAGAAAAUAAAUCAUGUAAUGGCAAUGUGUGAAUAUUGUAAAAUUGAGAAAAUUGUAAAGGAGACUGUGAGAUUCUCAGGCACUGACAAGUCAUUCUGUAGUGAAGGUUGCAAAUUGCUUUAUAAACAUGACUUGGCAAAACUCUGGGGAAAUCACUGUAAAAUGUGCAGUUAUUGUUUACAAACAUCUCCCAAAUUGGUACAGAAUAAUUUGGGGGGGAAGGUGGAAGAGUUCUGUUGUGAAGAAUGCAUGUCCAAAUAUACAGUUCUGUUUUAUCAGAUGGCCAAAUGUGAUGGCUGUAAGCGACAGGGUAAACUCAGUGAGUCCUUGAAAUGGCGUGGAGAAAUGAAACAUUUCUGUAACCUGCUUUGUAUCUUGAUGUUCUGUAAUCAGCAAAGUAUGUGUGACCCACCUUCACAAAACAAUGCAGCAAGCAUUUCCAUGGUGUCAGCUGCUUCAGCAGGGCCCCCAUCGCUAAGAAAAGAUUCAACUCCAGUUAUAGCUAAUGUAGUCUCAUUAGCAAGUGCUCCUGCUGCUCAGCCCACAGUGAAUUCUAACAGCGUUUUACAAGGUGCAGUUCCAACAGUAACAGCGAAAAUCAUUGGAGAUGCAAGUACACAAACAGAUGCCCUGAAACUCCCACCUUCCCAGCCUCCAAGACUUUUGAAGAAUAAAGCUUUAUUGUGCAAACCCAUCACACAGACUAAAGCCACCUCAUGCAAACCACAUACCCAAAACAAAGAAUGCCAGACAGAAGAUACUCUAAGCCCGCCCCAGAUCAUUGUGGUGCCAGUUCCUGUACCAGUGUUUGUGCCCAUACCUCUUCACCUGUAUACUCAGUAUACACCAGUCCCAUUUGGAAUUCCAGUUCCAAUGCCUGUCCCUAUGCUUAUUCCAUCUUCAAUGGAUAAUGAAGAUAAAGCCACUGAGAGUAUUGAAGACAUUAAAGAAAAGCUUCCCUCACAUCCAUUUGAAGCUGAUCUCCUUGAGAUGGCAGAAAUGAUUGCAGAAGAUGAAGAGAAGGAGAAGACUCUAUCCCAGGGAGGAUCCCAAACUUCUGAGCAGGAACUCUUUCUAGACACGAAGAUAUUUGAAAAAGACCAAGGAAGCACAUACAGUGGUGAUCUUGAAUCAGAGGCCGUGUCUACUCCACAUAGCUGGGAGGAAGAGUUGAAUCAUUAUGCCUUAAAGUCAAAUGCUGUGCAAGAGGCUGAUUCAGAAUUGAAGCAGUUCUCUAAAGGGGAAACUGAACAAGAUCUGGAAGCAGAUUUUCCAUCAGAAUCCUUUGACCCACUGAAUAAAGGACAGGGAAUCCAGGCACGUUCCCGAACAAGACGACGACACAGAGAUGGCUUCCCCCAGCCGAGACGAAGAGGACGGAAGAAGUCUAUAGUGCCUGUGGAGCCCAGGAGUCUUAUUCAAGGAGCCUUUCAAGGGUGCUCAGUGUCUGGGAUGACACUGAAAUACAUGUAUGGGGUAAAUGCCUGGAAGAACUGGGUUCAGUGGAAAAAUGCCAAGGAAGAGCAGGGGGAUCUGAAAUGUGGCGGAGUUGAACAUGCCUCAUCUAGCCCAUGUCCUGACCCCUUAGGAAGCGCUCAAGACCAUGCACUCUCCCAAGAAUCCUCGGAGCCAGGCUGUAGAGUCCGCUCUAUCAAGCUGAAAGAAGAUAUUCUGUCCUGCACUUUUGCUGAGUUGAGUUUGGGUUUAUGCCAAUUUAUCCAAGAGGUGCGGAGACCAAAUGGUGAAAAGUAUGAUCCAGACAGUAUCUUGUACUUGUGCCUUGGAAUUCAGCAGUACCUGUUUGAAAAUGGUAGAAUAGAUAACAUUUUUACAGAGCCCUAUUCCAGAUUUAUGAUUGAACUUACCAAACUCUUGAAAAUAUGGGAACCUACAAUACUUCCUAAUGGUUACAUGUUCUCUCGCAUUGAAGAAGAACAUUUGUGGGAGUGCAAACAGCUGGGCGCUUACUCACCAAUUGUCCUCUUGAACACCCUUCUUUUCUUCAAUACCAAAUACUUUCAACUGAAGAAUGUUACUGAGCACUUGAAGCUUUCCUUUGCUCACGUGAUGAGGCGGACCAGAAUUUUGAAGUACAGCACCAAGAUGACAUAUCUGAGGUUCUUUCCACCUUUACAAAAGCCAGAGUCAGAACCAGAUAAACUAACUGUUGGCAAGAGGAAAAGAAAUGAAGAAGAUGAGGUACCAGUGGGUGUGGAGAUGGCAGAGAAUACUGACAACCCCCUAAGAUGCCCUGUCCGACUUUAUGAGUUCUACCUGUCAAAAUGUUCUGAAAGUGUGAAGCAGAGGAAUGAUGUGUUUUACCUUCAACCCGAGCGCUCCUGUGUCCCGAAUAGCCCCAUGUGGUACUCCACAUUUCCGAUAGACCCUGGCACCCUGGACACCAUGUUAACUCGUAUUCUCAUGGUGAGAGAGGUACAUGAAGAACUUGCCAAAGCCAAAUCUGAAGACUCUGAUGUUGAAUUGUCAGAUUAAAGCAGAAGUGGGGUUCCUAUUUUCAUACACGUUGGUAUGCACCAAACUGUGAAUGCAUCCAGCUUUGGAAAACGAUGUAUAAGUCCAAGUCCUCUUGACUUGAUUAUAAGAUAAUGGAAAACAGAUGACUCGUGAACCACAGUGUGGAUGUACAAAUGAAAACUGAAGGAAAGAAUGUGAACUGAGAAAUGUUGUUCUUUGGCAGUGAUAUAGUUCUUAGACAUCUUCAGAAUGACUAACCAAUUUCCCUGAGUGGUGCAUAGUCUUAUUUUGUUUGGGAAUAACAAAUUGUGGAAUAUUUUUAAGGAAAACUGUUAUAUAAAACUCUACCAUAGUAACCUUAGACCUUAGAGAGGUAGCUUUGGAGUGAAACCUUGGCUGCGAUAGGCUACUUGGGCAAGCCCUAUGGAAAAGUCAGGGGAGCAUUCAGUACAGAGCUAAGAGUGACAUCAGGUGAGGACUGUGGGACCCAGACUUGAAGACCCAAUAAAAAUACUCAACUUUUCUUAAAAGGUAGAGAGUGAAGUGGUCUUGAUUUUGAUUUUCACUGCCAAGCCAAUUCUGUGAAGGAUAGAAGCCUCUGGUGCUUUGCCAUUGGCCCCUCACAUCAGGAAAAAGGGCCUACACUGCUGUUCACACAGUAAUGUGUCCCUUUUACUUUCUGGGUCUAGCUGUCUCAGCUGUGGGUCUGGGUGUGGGUAAAUUAAGGUAAAGGGGCUGAAACUCCACAGACCAGUUACACACAGAGAGGAUCUGUGGAUCCCAUUAGACCACAGGUGUCUAGAAAUGUUUUAGAAAACCCACUAAAAUGCCCACUUCUCUGGGUAUCAGCCUUUAUUGCUGCUGUCUCAUGGCAUGAGCUGUGGUACACAGAAAUGGGGGUUCUCCUUUUGUUUUCAUUUUAUCCCCAAAUGGCAGCUUUCCUUUCAUUGUUUUAUCUUCCUAUCUCCUAAAUAAUUCCUCUUAUUUUGUCUUUAGCACCAGUUUCUGGAGGCCCUUGUCAUUUCAAAAAGGAUAGUCUCUCCUUAACUCUGGCAAACCUGUGGGUGAUUCCACAAAGACACAGUAUUACUUAGCUGUCCGAAUUACGGUAGAAAAGAUCCUAGUAUGUUCCUAUACAAAGCAUUUGGAAGAUGACCUUGUUGUCCUAAGAAACUUGAAAAUGGGGCUUUUGGGGUUAGGAUACAAAGACAUUGAUUGUCUUUCUUAUUCACAAGCAGGUCUUCUUAUAGAUUAUUCCAAACUCUAGCUGUUUUAGUGGUUUUCAGAGGAUUGUAAGUUCUAGGUGUUUUUGACCUAUCGAUCCAUCUCCCUCAUCUCCAUUCUCAGUUUCUUCCCCACAAAAUUUUGAAUCAAAGCUUUUAUGAUGUUGACUAAUCACAAAACUUUAGGAGAGAUUAAUAGAAAUGAGAGAAGUCCAAAAACCUCUUAGAAAUUUUAACCUUAAAAGAUUUUUCAGUAUGUCCCAUUUUUUUAGAUGGGAGAGGCAAGUUUUUGUUUUUUUAAUAAAGAAAUGAAAGUCAUUUAACUACAAUAAAAAUUAAAAAAUAGGCCUUUUGACAUUGUGUACUUGAUGGUUCUGUCCCUCUGCCUGUAACGAAUUUCAUUUUUGUUACUGAGAACUGUGUGAAAGAAGUAAGUCUGCCCCAAUUAUGUCUGAUUUAAUUCCGUCUGUGUUCGUCACUUCUGAUUGGAAAACUUCUUACUUCCAGACCUUGUUUGAUAUGGAGAAAAAACAACUGAAUUGUCUCAUAAGUCUGCCAAUAAACUGUCCAGAAACUUCAGGUGUAAUAGUCCCCACUAUAUUCAUUUUAUGAUUUGUAUAAACACUAACAUUUCCCCUUCUGUAGUUGUAUGAAAAACAAAGAUUCUUGGCACAAUAGAUAAAUUGUUGUAAAACACCAGAGAGGGGAAAAAAUCUGUAUCUUUUUAACUGAGAACGGCCAAUACCCCAGGUAAAUGACUGUAUCGUGAUUUAAAUUGCAUGUUAGAUCACAGAGUUGUCCAGACCCUAAAUUAAUUCAUACAAGAAAAUAUUGGUCAUUCCUCAUAAGCAUAGCUGUUGAUAUGUCUCCAAUUAUUUGCUUUUAAAAUUUUAUUAAAAUUAUGUAAAAUUACAUUUUUUUCCAGGGGAGAAAAAAACAACACAGAGAAACAUCUAAGUUAUCCUUUUUUGUUUUUUAACCACUUUGGGUUUUCCCCUUGCAGAAACCACAAAAAUAUUCCCUUAGAAUAAAAUAGUAUAUUUGUA